GGCAAAACUUGUUGCUCGUUUUCUUGAACGCGCCCGGCGCGCAGUACUAAACGUUGCGCGUAGUGUGAUCUCUCGGUGACUAGUUCUCAGCUGGUGUGGGGCUGCAGCUCGGAGCGACUGGAAAAGGGCAAGCGCGAGAGGCUGAAGCGGCGACGGGACGAGCGUGACGUGCGGCAUAACUGCAAAUAAACAGGAGCGAGGAGGCGUGCGCAGGAGUGCACGGAUGUGUGCCUAUGUGCGUGUGGUGCGGGUAGAGCACUGGUACCCGACGCGGCUGACAUUUGAAGAGAAAGACUCGCACAAGCUGCCCAGGACGUGGAUUUUUCGCUUCCGUGGGCAAUUGAACAUGAAGAGGGAAACCCCGAUCGUUUAAAGGGUGCCGCCAAGUGUCUAGGAUUGAUUGGAGAGUCAGAGUCGGGAGCCUCUUCGCACAAACGAGUUGUUUCGUUCAUUUUGAUGAGACGUUUUUAUUCCAUUUUUAUGCGGUCUUUCGUGCACGUUAUAAUUAACUGAAUUUGCGAAACCGAAGGACUAUGGAGUCUUCGCAGCAGACCUGAUAUUCAUCGCCUAGAUUAGGAACAUUUGACAACAAGCUGGAAUAAUACAUUUUGGAGAAAGAGGGAAAAAAAAAAAAAAAAAAACAGCCCAGUCCGUGCAACCUGUCAAUAUCAAGACGAAUUUUUUUCAACUUUUCACAGAAAGGAAAUGUUUUCGACAAUUCUUGGAAAUACAGGAUUGUGCAGGAACGUAUAUUUGUCGAGCCACUGACUAUUGCAAAUACCAUUUUAUCGCCUCGCGCAGAACAUAAGUUUAUCGGAGCACUUGACGGAGUGCGACCUAAGUCCGCGAGACCAGCGCGGCUUGGGAUAUAUUUAAUCAGUUUCUAAGCGCCUAGACAGUCUGUAGAUUUAGUUCUUAAUUGUAAUUAAUAAUAAUGUUAGUUUUUUGUUUUGUUUUGCACUAUUUUAGAGAGGACUUUUUUUAAACGCUCACUUGUUCUUUGAAGAAAACAUGUGAACUUUCUGGUGGCUUUUUUGUUACAUGAAAUACCUACAACUUUUGCUCUGGCCUUAAGAGGAAUUUUAUUUAUUGGAAAUCCUGUGUUGCCCAGUUUUGUUUAUUUUUCCCUUUGAUAUUUUAAUAUUUUGAUUGGUGAAGCUGUUUUUGCACACGCUUUUGUUUCUCAGAGGCGAAGGAAGAGAGCGCACCGCGACAACAGACACAGUGAGUCGCGCAGCGUCGGUCAUGCAGGCUUGAUCGAGAAGUAUGUUUGGGCUGGAGCAGUUUGGUUCCCAGAUUAACGACAGAGUCUCCAGCCAAGGGGAUAUAAACUUAAACCAAUCUCGACUGAACAUGAGCUCCCAUUACAAGGGCCCCAAUUUCCAUACUGCUGGGCCACCGGGACCUGUGGAACCAGGAAUGGGCACCAUGAAUGAGCCGCCUAUGCUAGGUCUCAGUGUGAAUAUGAAUGGGGAGCACUACAGCUAUCACCAGCGAGGGCACUCUGAAAUCCAUGGAGGGGGGCUUCAGCAACAGCAGCAGCCGCCAUCCAUGCAUGGGUUCUUCAACAACCAGCAACCUCAUCACGGACACCCGCAUGGCCACCACCCUCACUCUCAUCAGCACCAUCCGCACUUUGGAGGCACAUUUGGGGGCCCCGACCCUGGGCCGUCCUGCCUGCACGGGGGUCGACUCAUUGGCUAUAACAGCAAUGGAAUGGGCCCCCAACAAGCCUUCAGUGAGGGCUUUGAACCACUCGUCGAGGGUCAGGGUGGAGAAAGCUUUGCUCCACAACAGCAGCAGCGAUCGGCCACCAUGCCAGAAUUCCAGCAUCAUGGACCCCCCAGUGGAAGCCAUGCUGUGCCGGCCCCCUGUCUGCCUCUGGAUCAGUCGCCAAACCGAGCUGCCUCAUUCCAUGGUCUCUCUGCCACCUCCUCUUCCGAUGCCCACAGCCUGGAGGCCCGCCGGCUGCCUGCACAGGGGGCCGUUGAGGGAUUAGACUACACCUACCCCAGUGAGACCCCGUCAGGCCAUUUUGAUGUACCAGUGUUUUCCCCCUCUGAGUCAGAGUCUCAGCUCCCCCACUACGGCCCGGGGCGGCAGGUGAGUGGCGGCAGCUUCCCUGGCAACACCACUAUGUCCCGGGCCCCUGGCUUGCCAGGGGUCCCCAAGGCCCACCAGCCAGCCCAGCAUGGGGUCUUCUUUGAAAGGUUUGGGAAUGGACGGAAGAUGUCAAUGGGCAUGGAGCUGGGCGUCAGUGUCAGACACCCGCUGAUGCAGCAGCAGCCAGCAGGCAUGCUCGCCAGGCAGAAUUCUUGCCCACCAGCUCUGCCUCGGCCGCCCCAGUCUGACUCCAACUCCUCAAAUUCUGGCAUGCCGGAUAGCGGAGUCAUGAUGCCUGGCCAGCAUAACCAAUUUGAAUAUCCCAUACAGAGACUGGAAAACAGGAAUCUAAACCCCUAUGGAGACCCCAUGUUCAAUAUGCAGCAGCAGCAGCCAGGGCCAGCCCCCCCUCAGCAUCCCCCAAACCAGAGACUACAACACUUUGAGUCUCCUUAUCUCAACGUGGCAAAGAGGCCAAGGUUUGAAUUCUCUGCUGGUCACAGCGGAGAGAACUGCAACAGCUGGAGUGGCAACCUGCACAACCCAGAGAACCAUCUAUCUCCUUCUGCCUAUCCUGGGCUCCAGGGGGAUUUCACCCCCCCUGUCACAGACAGCUUCCCCCCUGGUCCCCCGCUGCAGCAUGCUGGCCCGGAGCAACAGUCUCUACAGCAGCGGCAGAACGCAGCCAUGAUGAUCAAGCAGAUGGCCUCCCGCAACCAGCAGCAGAGAAUGAGACAGCCUAAUCUCCAGCAGUUGGGCCAUCAUGGAGAUGUCAAUCCAAGUGGUAUGGUACACGGGGGCCCAGUUGGGAGCAUGCCCCAACCUGGGUUUGAGAGGGACAAUGGGGGCAGGAUGACCAACUUUGAGGGCCAGAAUGCUCAUAUGACCCAGGAGAGCACGUGGUUCCCUGGACCACAUCAGCCAGGGGAGAUACUUUCGCGGCGGAUGGGUGGUGCUGCUGCAGUGACCAGUGAGGUGGGCCCUCAUGACAUGGGCCACCAGCAAGGUGGUCCUGGUAUGAUGUACCGGCCUGCUGUCAAUGGAAUGGGCAUGCAGGACCCCAUGAGGAUGGCAGGGGAUGGACAUGUGCAGGCCUUACAUUCUCCUGGGGUGCAUCCGCAAUUUGGUAACAACAUAGGCAACCUGGGCCAGAUGCAGUCCCCUGGUGGGGGGCAUCCUAACACACCCUCAGAGAGGAGGUCAUCAGACUUCACGGCACCUCCAUUGGGGUCCCAGCCUCCCUUUCCAUACUCGGGGACGAACCGUCAAGGGCAGAAUCACAGCAACCCCACGGGCGUAAACGCCUCACCAGGGAACUACCCACCCCAGUCUGAGUUCCCACCCGGGCAGCGCUCUUCUGUCAGCAAACUGGGAGCGCUCUCCCUGGGAAACUUCAGCAAACCCAACACUAAGGACAGCGUGUUUGGCCAGAGCUGCCUGGCAGCCCUUUCCACGGCCUGCCAGAACAUGAUUGCCAGCCUUGGGGCACCCAACCUCAAUGUGACGUUUAACAAGAAGAGCCAGAAUGAGGGAAAACGGAAGCUGAGUCAAACGGAGCAGGAUGUUAAUGGUGGUACUGGAAGUGCCGGUACAAGUGCUGUGCCAGAGUACUUCCAGAGCGGUUCCUCUCAGAGUGGCCAGGUGCCUGGUGCUGGGGGUAAACCUGCGGGUCAAAGCCAGCCGGUGCAGGGGGAAGCCAGCACCCUCUCCCCGAAUUAUAGCAUGGACGCUACCCCCGGGAGUGAAGGGAAAGCGGCAACAGGGAGUGGGAGAGGGAGGGGGAGGAGAAAAAGGGAUAGCGGGCAUGUGAGUCCCGGGAUUUUUUUCUCCUCUGACAGUAGCAACCCUGUUGUGAGUCCGAGCCAGCAGGCCCAGCCUGCCGGCAUGGGGGAGAGGGGAGGGGGCACACCCAGCGAGAACCAACUCACAUCGCCCACCUGGGGCAAAGGAGGUGACCUACUGCUGGCAGAUCAGCCUGACCUCAUGUCUUCACUGGACAGUGGCAUCCAGAGCGUGACUAAGUCUGACGGCAGCUCCCCACACGUGGAGUUUCCAGAGGAAGGCGGGGCUGCUGGGGCUGCUCACUAUGCCAAUGAGGAUGAGGUUUCCUCUAGCUCCGACAACCACAGUGGCCCCAAGGCCAGCCGUAGCCCGUUAGUCAGCGGCUCACCUAAGAUGCAAAGGGGGGACCACGGACUGAUGAAUGGGCAGAAGCCACUCAGUCUGGGAAUGGUGAACCAUGCUACCUCUACACCUGACAGCUACGGGCUGAAUGGCAGUGGGACCCAUCCGAGUACACCUGGUGUGGAGCAAGUACGCACGCCCUCUAGCACCUCAGGCCAGGAUGAGAUCCACCCCCUGGAGAUCCUGCAGGCACAGAUCCAGCUGCAGCGGCAGCAGUUCAGCAUCUCCGAAGACCAGCCGCUGACCCUGAAGAACGCCAAGAAGGUGGACUGCCCAGGACAGAAUGGGGACAGUGAGCUCUCCAGCUGCAGCCCGGAUGGUGGCAAAGGCUCCGUCAGCACUAUUGACCUUGACACCCUGAUGGCAGAGCAGCACGCCACGUGGUAUGUGCCCAGUGACAAGUCCUUGUUGGAUGAGCCAGAGGACAACAAGGCCAUAACGCUCUGGGAAAAGACAAAAGGCCAGAACAACAACAAAGAAGGUGCAGACUUGUCACAGACCAAGGGUGGGGCUGGGACCUCUGGAGCUGUUGGAAGCCACCUGCAGUGCCUGUCCGUGCACUGCACGGACGAGCUGGGUGAUGGGAAGGCCCGUGGGGGGCCCGUCUCCUCCUGGCGCUCGCUGCACUCAGACAUCUCAAACCGUUUUGGCACCUUUGUGGCAGCCCUCACCUGACCUGGCAGCAACACCCGUAACCACAGUGACCAUGAAUAGGGGAGGUGCACGUUGAUGUAAAUCUUGGUCAGGUGAGAGACACAAACACACCUAUGUACAACAAGGCUGGGAGGGUGAAUCUGUUAGCCCAGUCACAGUCACACCUAGAAAACCUCAACUUGAUAUUUUUUUUUUAAUUUUUGUUUUAAGAAAACAAGUAAACAAGGGUCAAGAGGGUUUCUAGUGAGAGCAAUGAAAAAAUACCUCUGGUUAUGUUAUAUCAGUGCUGAGAUUUUCUUCAUGCUUUUUGCAGUGUGAGUAAAUGUUUCAGUGUUUUGUUAUUACUAUGUGCACUCUGCUAUGACACCCAGCUGGCUUUGGAAAAGCCAUGCUGCAGCACACCCUUAUUUGCAUGGUGAUGUCACACAGCGGUAAUCCCUGCUAAUGUUAGAGCUCACUUGCAAAGCCAUUACUGUCCAGCUGGUCGCUCCUCCCUGUUUGCACCCCUAAUGCUACCUCCCACAGGGGUGGAGUAGGAACAGUGCAGUUCUGAGGGAAGAAGCUCUUUUGGGAUGGGUUUUGCAGGAGCCUUAAGAGUAGUAGCUGAACCACCAGCCCAUUCUCUCAAGUAAACCCUCUAAGCCCCAUUAAAAUCUGAAAUUUAUAUGCGAUCAUUGUUGGAAUCUAAUGCAAGUGUGAGCGGUGCCGCUGUGCAGUUGACACAGUCCUCAGGGAGGGUGGAAUGUGACCUGGGUAGCUGGAGCAUGUGCCAGAACGUAUCUGAGCUGUAUGGGUGCGCUCCCGUUUCAGGUGUAUGGAAAUACACACGGACUUUAAAUGCAGCCUGCCAUCCCCUAUCUGCCAUCCUGCAUCAAAAUUCCCUAGUCUACAGUUUGUCGACGGCUUUCCUGACCCACUUUAAAAAGUCCACUGAAGCAUCCACAAAAUGUCCCCAACUUCUUUUUCUUCUUCCCUUUUUUUCAUUUUCAUAAGAAGAUCCAGCACUGGUAUACUGUACUUCCAGUGGAGGACAGGUGGGUUGGAAAAAAAGGAAAUUAAAGAGUAUUGGUAUUGCACAUGUAAAAUAACAAACUUUGCUGUGUGUUAGGCAAUCUUGUAAUCUUUGAAUAAAUCAGUUUAGUUUGAUCUUUGGAACAGUAGAUGGAGGGCUGUGAAGACAACUCGACAAGUUUUUUUUUUUUUUUUUU